AUGGCGCAAGACGGCAGCACGCGAUCAUCCUUGGACAAGACGGGCCCCAUCGAGCAUGUCGAGGCAGCGACCUUAGCAGACUCCAUCCUGGAGCGCUACGCCUUGCUUCGUGAGGAGUCCACGGAAGAGCUUGCGCAGCUGAACAACUCGGUGCUCAAGAAGCUCGACUGGAAGUUCCUACCAUGCAUCACCGCCAUGCUCUUGAUGAACUACCUCGAUCGCAUCAACGUCUCCAACGCCCGCCUCGCUGGCAUGCAAGAAGACUGCGGCAACAUGAGCGACAUCCCGGCCAACGUCAUCAUCGCCAAGGGCAAACCACGUAUCCUCCUCCCGAUAUGCAUGCUCGCGUGGUCGGCGGUGACGAUCUGCAUGGUGGCGAUGAAGAGCGCGUGGGCGUUUAUGCUGUGUAGGUUUCUGGUGGAGUUUACGGAGGGGCCGUUUUUGCCCGCGGUCAGUUUGAUGACGAGUAGUUGGUAUACGAAGCAGGAGAGUCCGUUGAGGAUGGCGAUCUGGCAUGCCGGCAAUAUCAUCUCAAACGUCUUCUCUGGGUUGCUCGCCGCGGGCAUUCUGACCAACAUGGACAACGUUGCCGGUUUGCAUUCGUGGCAGUGGUUUAUCUUGAUCGAAGGCAUCGUUAGCAUUAUGGUCGCUGGCAUCGGCUUUUGGCUCAUUCCAAACUGGCCCAGCAAUACAGCAACCUACUACUUCACCCCUGAGGAGAGUGAGAUGGCAGCGUAUCGUGCCGCUGUUUCUGCUGGCGGCCGGUCUGAAGAUGACGAGGGAGGGUACUGGGAUGGGGUCGCUCAGGCUUGCAAAGACCCCUUCACGUGGAUGUUCGCCGCGAUGCAUUUUUCCCUUAUCAUUGCGCAGUCUUUCAAGGACUUUUUGCCUUCGAUCGUGGACACCUUCGGCUUCUCUGAAGUAGGCACCUACCUCAUCCAAGCCCCGCCCUACGUCGUCGCCUACAUCGUCACCCUCUUGAUCUCCUGGUCGAGCGGGCGCAUGCUCGAACACAGCUUCCACAUCAUCGGCAGCAUCCUCCUGUGUCUCGUCGGCGCAAUCCUCAUGAUCUCGACGCUCAAUGUCGGCGCCCGCUACUUCGCUGUGUUCUUGCUCUGCUCCGGUCCCUUCGUUGGCUUGAACAUCCAGAUAUCUUGGGAGACUACCGUGGUCCCUCGACCGCGUACCAAACGAGCGGCGCUGAUCGCGAUUGCGAAUUGCGUCAGUUCGGUCAGUCAUUGGUUCACGCCGUACUUCUUCCUGAGGAGCCAGGAGCCAAGGUACCAGACUGGGGGUGGUGUUAUUAUUGCGGGUUGUGGGCUGGUGAUUGUUUCUUGCUUGGUGACGAGGUGGUGGGCUAUGAGGAAGAAUAAGGCGCUGGAGAGGCAGCAGGAGGCUUCGGGGGUCGUGAAUGAGUGGAGGUUUGCGACUUGA